UGUGAUGAUUACAUUAUAAGGAUAUAUUUAAAUUACAAUAGGUUUGGGAGGUGUAAACAUUUCUUCUUCUUCUUCUUCUUUUUAAUCUGACAGUACACGUAUAAAACAUGGGGCUUAAAAACAGACUACACAUAAAGUAAAAAAAGAUGAAAGCGAAAUAGUUUUUAAAAAUGCAUCAUGAUCUUUAGUAAGUUGUUUUAUUAUAUGAAUAAUAUGUUUUAAAUAUGUUUUUUUUUAUUCUGUUACAUUAUCAUUCAUAGCCUACUUAAUUUAUAAAUAAAUAAUAAUAAUAAAAACAGUUUAUAAAAGGCAAGAGCAUCUGUCCUCUCCGCCCCCUAGCAGUCGUCAGCGAACUCGCUAUGGAAACCAAAUUGCGUGAUGUAAACAAGCAUCAGGUUUUUACCUCUGUGGUUUUUACGUUGUUUCCAAUGGACUAAUCGAUCGCUUUAAAAACAUUUAUUUAAGAACGAACGGGGAAGAUAUUCCAUUUAUUGAACUAUGGAGGUGUUACCGGAGGCAGAUUGUGAAGAGGACGCUACUAUAACUUAUGAUGAAGAAGAGGGUGUUCGAGAAUUGAAGAGCAGGCUGUCUAGCAUACCAACAACCCCCACAGUUACACACAUUUUCAGAGCAAAGCCAAUACCUCAAGUGGACCUUUCCAAUUGUCCAUCCUCAUAUAAGGAGAACUCCUCACAGGAGAAGCUCAUGCUUGCGAUGGCUGAGAACUUCCGUCAGCAGUAUGCUCUUUUAUAUCCUGAUAACAAAGUGCUUCUACUGUGUCCUGUAAAUGAGUGCGGCGUUCAGAAAUUUGUAAGCACCACCUUGCGAAGAACAUUGCUGCCGUAUCCUGAGCUGUACUACUGGGAGGGAUGUGCUAGUUUUGUGUCUGAUUAUCUCUCGUUGGAGCUCUUGGAUCCACCAUUUGAACUUCCCAAGCAGCUGUCAUCGCCCACCUGGGUUCUGCAGACUCGGAGAGGCACGUGUUUUGAUUUCUCCAGUGUGCUGUGUAGCCUGUUGUUGGGCGCAGGAUACAAUGCUUACUGCGUCAGUGGGUACGCUACUAAAGAGAUGUGUCUUCUCGAUCAGUCACGGGAAGAAUGUCCCUUACUGCAGACUCAAAUCCAAGGGAAAACAGAGGAACCGAAGAAGAUAUUGAGGAAAUACUCUGUGAAACCCCCACGCGACUUGGACAGCUCCUUUGAAAAGCGUCAAGAGGAGAAACGUCAGACAGAAGCUGAAGAAGCUGCACUGAAGGAACAACUGGAAGCUGAGAGACUUCAGAAGGAGAAAGAACGUCCACCGCCCGACCCUCUUCUGGGCUUGAGAGUUCACAGCUGGGUUCUGGUGCUCUCAGGGAACCGGGAGGAACCUGAGAACUUCUUCAUUGACCCUCUGACAGGCAAGAGAUACUCCACCACCAAUGAGAACUUUCUGGGCAUAGAGAGUGUCUGGAACCAUCAAAACUACUGGGUCAACAAACAAGACUGUACUUUCGGUUGUGGGGAGAUGACCUUUGACUUGGGUGAUCUAUCAAAGUGGGAGUAUAUGUUGUGUGGCCCAACUAGCCAAUCUAUGUCAAACAUUUCUGAGCCAGAGACACUCCAAGACUCAGAAGAUGAGGAAGAAGAGGAAACGGAUGAGCUGAAAGUGUUUGAAAUGCCUCCAUCUUGGGUGACUAAAAUAGAGAUUUCACCCCCAGAUAUGGAAAUGCGUUUUCCAGGGGGUAUGAAGGUUGUCCAGUACAGGAAAGCCAAGCUGGAGAAGUUUGCCCCUCACCAUCAGAUAGAUGGUCUUGUGACCAGACUCACCAUUUAUAAAGACCUUGAUUGCACACAAACCAGCACUGUUAAGGAAUGGUUCAGUCACCGAGGAGACUGUCUUGACGAGAGAGAAUUUCACACAGACAGCAAUGUGACAUCUGAUUAUUUCAGGCCUGGAAGAAGGGAUGCUCUCAGAUGCCACAGGUACGUCACUUUAGUUCCUGAGACGGAACGUCAGAUGGACUUUUAUAGUCAUACUCACACUGACGGUCUAGCCAGAAGAAUCGAGAAGCCUUUCGAAAUGACAGAAACCUUUGAAGAUCGGCUUGACUUUCUCUUUUAUCGACAUGUUGUUUACGGAAAGCAAGUCAAAGUGAUUCGGGCUGGAGAGGCUUUUGAACAACGGCCUCUAAUGAGGGUGGAGGAGCGGUUCCACAGAGAUCCUUCUAAGCCGGCAAGUAAAGAUGUGGCUGAACGGAUCUUUAAGAUGUCUGACAGACGGAUCAAGGUGACCUAUCAUCUGGAGGACGACAGGAUCACCCCAUCUUGGCUCAACUUCAUGAAACCCAAAGAAGCGGCAGACUCGCAGAAAGCACAAGCUUUUACUCCACAGAUGGUUUCUGGCUUUCAGGUGGAUCGUUUUGCGAAACCCUACAAGAACUUGCAGUUGUAUGAAAUGCUUGUGGAAUUGAUGAAAGAUGAGUAUAACAUUGAACUUGGGAUCAGAGAUUCGGAAAAAGAGGUAAAGGCCAUUCUGUCUUUGAGAAAAAAGGAGGAAAGUAAUACUGAUCUGCUGAUCUCUAUAUACAACACUAGGAGGAACAAGAUGGCACAUCAGCACAUGGAAGAAAAGGAACGUAUGGCUAAAGAAAAGAAGCAGCGGCAGAAAGAGAAAGAGCUAGACCUGUUGGCUCCUUUCCAGGCUCGACUGGGACUACCAGAAGUCCUCACGCACCAGGAAGCACUUCAGUUGGAGACAGAGUGUCUGACUGAGUUUAAACAGUUGCUUGAUAACAAAACCAGCAGUAUCCAGAGCAGAAUCGAAAAGGAGACAGAGGAGUUGCAGAAGAAGCAGCAGUGGUUCCAGAAGAACCAGCUCAACUUGACCUCUAAGGACGAGGAAGAUUACCAAGCUUACUGCUCUGAAGCCAAGUUCAGGAUCCACAUUCUCAAAAUGAGACUCAGUCGACACAAGGAGAGGGGACCUCAGAAGACUCUGGCCCUGGAGGAGAAUCUAAAAAGACAUCCAAAGUUGGCCAGUUACUCAUUGUGACACAGGAUAAGUGCAUCCUAUCUACUAUCUGGGGCACCCUAUCUUUCAGGACAUAUCUCUAACCGUCACAUAUGAGUUCAAUAAAAUGUUCUGUUGAAUCAUU